AAGGUACUCGCGUUCGGCCAUUUUGUGAGUGUGCGCCCGAUCGCGAUAUUUGUGUUGAGAGGCUGCUGGAGCAAAAGCGAAUGAUUUAGUUUAUUGAUAGGCUCGUAGAGUGGUAUUACAUGUGCUAAGUGCAUCAGGCACGAUAUACUCUAACGUUGCUUAGAUUCAUACCAUGGAGGAAAAGGCGUCACUCAAAGAGCUCGACCAGUGGAUAGAACAGUUGAACGACUGCAAACAACUGACAGAAAGCCAAGUGAAAACUCUCUGCGAUAAGGCAAAAGAAAUUCUAGCCAAGGAGUCAAAUGUACAGGAAGUAAAAUGUCCAGUAACAGUCUGCGGAGAUGUUCAUGGACAGUUUCACGAUCUAAUGGAAUUAUUCCGAAUAGGCGGAAAAUCUCCAGACACAAACUACCUGUUCAUGGGCGAUUACGUCGACCGUGGUUACUACUCAGUGGAGACUGUGACUCUGCUAGUUGCACUUAAAGUUCGAUAUCGCGAGAGAAUAACAAUCCUUCGAGGUAAUCAUGAGUCCAGACAGAUCACACAAGUCUAUGGCUUCUAUGAUGAGUGUCUACGCAAGUAUGGCAAUGCCAAUGUUUGGAAAUUCUUUACGGACCUCUUUGAUUAUUUACCUCUGACUGCGCUGGUCGAUGGUCAAAUCUUCUGCCUUCAUGGUGGACUCUCGCCAUCCAUCGAUACCCUGGACCACAUUCGCGCCCUAGAUCGUCUUCAAGAGGUGCCACAUGAAGGACCUAUGUGUGACCUCUUGUGGUCGGACCCUGACGACAGAGGAGGAUGGGGUAUUUCGCCACGUGGAGCAGGCUACACCUUCGGUCAGGACAUCUCUGAGACCUUUAAUCACUCAAAUGGCCUCACUCUCGUUUCUAGAGCUCAUCAGCUUGUGAUGGAGGGUUAUAACUGGUGUCACGACCGGAAUGUCGUAACCAUAUUCUCCGCGCCGAAUUACUGCUACCGUUGUGGUAAUCAAGCUGCUAUCAUGGAACUGGACGAUGCAUUGAAGUACUCAUUCCUUCAGUUCGACCCAGCACCAAGGCGUGGCGAGCCACAUGUCACUAGACGAACACCAGACUACUUCCUGUAAAAGGUUGACCAGCACAGAAAAAAAUGGGAGGUAGUUGUUAAGGUAGGGAAUGGAACGAUGAUGAUGGCUUUAUAGUGAUGCCACGUUAACAUAAUCUAUUAUAGAACGAUUGGUUAUGAGGUGCGAGAGAUCGGAAACUACCCUUACACGCCAUAUAUAGUCUCAAGUAUUAUAUCAUGGCCCAUUUGAUGAUGGUGUCUCGUCGAGAGUCAUCCCACUCCCCACACACACAGAAUGGCGCCAUCUUGGCGCUUUUAAAUACAUCCUAAGAAUACAGUUAGACAGCGGGAGGGAGUGAGAAAGAGGACAAUGAAAAAAAAAUAUUAUAAAUGCGCGUACACGCUACAUACUAUUCACACUCUAUACUUACAGAGAAAUGCAGAAAACACGGGCAAUGUAAGACUUGAGUAUAAAAAGAAUCGUAGAAAUGUUUAGGAAUGGCCAGACAAACAAGGCAGGGCUGAUAAGAUCGGUAAGAAAGGUGUUGAUAUGAAAGGGUGAACCGGACAUUGAGAACGCUUUUUUCCACGAAUUAAAUGAAUUAUAAUGUAAACCGACACACGUACCUAAAAAUCGAAUACCACCCGAAGACGCAUUCAGUUUUACAAAUCUCCAUACAUGUAUCGCUUGUAUUUUUCUUAUUGAGAGACAAAAAAAAGAAUACAACACACAUUUGAGUGCAAUCUUUAUUGUAAAAGAGGAGGUUACACGAAGAAGUGCUGAAAUUGAAGGAAUUGGAGGUUAUGAUUACACUUUGACUCACAAUAGUUUCGGAGUCUCGUGUGAAGCUUUGCUUCACAAAUAGAAAAAAGGAAUGCAUAGACGGGCAAAAUGAGAAUUUUUAGUUGAGAGAAAAAAUCACCACGUACAUCUUUUUCUCUAUUAAUCUAGAUUAACCCAUGUGUCGUGUUGAUCUUAGUACGGAAUGAAAUAUCCGCCCGAGGCUUCGUAGUCAUUGGCCUUUUUUUCAAUUUUUGUUUACUUUCUACUCUAAUUUUUCCAUUGCGAGUUCACCAUUUAUACAUUACAAUGUAGUCGUGUAUUUGAAAGUGAGUACCAUGAUAACUGUCAACUUCAAAUACCUACGCACUUUUGGAUAAAAUAAAAAAAAUCGACAGGGACGAGCGUACGUACGUACGAACGUCAAAAGAAACAAUUAAUAAUAUUAACAAGUGAAGUUAAUGGCUUGAUGCAACGGUAAAGCCUCUCCUCUCCGGGUUAUUAUAUCUGGGUACGCUUUUUCGAAGCAUUUACAAUGAAAAAAGAAAAAAAUUAAUUCGUAAAUUCAUCAUUUUAUCCUGUAUAAGAACACUUGGAAACCAUGUGUAAUUUUCAAACGUGACGUUUUCACUACACCAUCCUAGUACAAAAAACGGCUACACACUGUUUAGUGGACUUUUCUCGCACAGUCCUUUAUAUGUAUACCAUCCAUCCACAUUCUUUUAAUAAUAUAAUCGCGUAAUUCCUUCUCCUCCUUCUCCUCCUCUUCCACCCCCAUCACCCAUCAUUCACGUUUGAACUUUUUCUCGUUGCUGCAUUUAGUAGCGGGAUCAAUCUUGCUCUGCGGCUCGACACUUGCAUCAAGCCCCUCUUUAGUAGUAAUUAUUGCACCUGUAUACACAACAAAACGCGCGAUAUGUACGACAGUGAAUUUACAAGCAAUUCCGAAAUUUUGCGUAUAACGUUUGCGUGACGUUUUGCCAAGUCGAUUUAGUGCAUAUUAAUACAUAAGAUACGGAUCACGAGGAGACCAGCAAACAAAUUAAUAAUAAACGAGAGGAAGUGGAUUGAAAGAAAAACAAAUAUAUAUGUGUGUGUAUAUAUAUAUGAAUAUCGAGAGUAAUAGUUGUAUCGCGACAAAUAAGGAUGACCUUUUUACUAAUUGUAAAAGAAUAACGAUAAGGCAACGCUUCUUGGUAUUAUUAAGAGAAAAUUAAACAAAAAAAUUCAAGAAAAAAAAAGGUAAAAACAUGGAAGAAAAUCGAGCAAAUAAUAAGUAUAUGCAUGUACGACGUAACAAGAGAACGAAGAAUAGCAAGAGACAUGCGAGAAGUGUGUAUCCCAAGGAAUAUAAGAAUUUUCAGUAAAGCACGGGAACUCUGGAAACAGUUAUUGUAAAGCAGAGGCUGGGGAUGAGCAAAAAAAAAUAACACAUACAGAAACGUAUUUCGCAGUGAAAUAAGCAUGCGAAUCGAAUAUAUGCAUUGCUGAAUUAUUAUAGUGUAUGAUUAUGCUUUUAUAGUGUUUGGCUUUUUCUUUUAAUUCGUUUCGGCAUUAGCCAAGUGUGAACUCGCAUCUAUAUCUCACAAUUCGUCAUUGUGCUUAUGCAAGAUGCGCUUUACAUGCGUGUUUACGGUACAUAAAGAAAGAACAAAAAAUCCCAUGGGAUUUUAUCAUGCGGUGCAGAAGCUUGUAACUAAAUAGAGUAAGAGUCAAGAAGAGCAGGACGUGAUGCAGUGUAAAUCUUCCUCGAAUAAUCUCCAAUUCUGGCCCAAAAAGUAUUGUACAUUAUAUGGCGUCUGUUUGUCUCUCGAAUUGUACAGUGAACUGCCUGCGUGCAGUGUACCUGUUGUUAAAAGAAAAGAAACAAUAUGGCGAACCAAAAGCCACGCGAUACGUAAGGUGAUCACUCGUGCUAGUUAAGACGAGAUAGAUAUAGAGAUAAUCGUUGAGGCGAUGUUACUAUUUCUUGAAAUAUUCUCUUUGGUUGUUUACCUUUUUUUCUGUCCUUACGACUAUUAAUUACAUUGCAACACGUAACGAGCAAAUUUUUGUUGUACCACAGUUUAGUCACGAACCAGAUAUCAUCAGCAGAGCUGUAGAGACGAAUUGUAAUAGCCAACUUUUUGUAAACGCUCAUAUUUAUUGUAUUGUAUGCUCCUGGCGUAACGAGGCGGCAUCCAUAGACAAUAUUUUCACUAGCAAAGCUUUUCCAGCUAUUGCGUGAGUGUUUGCCAAUUUGCACUCUUAUGCAACGUGUGCAGUAGAUUUAUGCAGGAGUAAGAAGGUGAGGAGGGAAGAGCUUUGUUGUUGAAAAUGUUGUUGCGAGAAGUUAUAGAUUUUGGGCGGAUGGAUUGAGUGUUGUGACGACAGAAACGAAAAGGUUAAAUAUAGGGAACAGCGUCAGACGCGACGGUAGGGAAUGUGCAUGCGCGCGCAGACGUAAAUUUUAUAUUAUUAUUAUAUACUAUAUUAUAUACUUACAUACAGCCAUAACACAUACACGUACGUGCAUACACGUGGCCUCUAUGAUAUUAUUCGAGAGCAAACGCGUUUUUUUGUCUUAAUGCUUUCUUGUGUUUUAACUAUUCUCGUGCCACACUUUUCGGAAAUAUUAAUGGUCGAUUUUUUUGUCUGAUCGGCGAGAGUUCAAUCCUCGUGCACCUACAUAAACGCUGUUACGAAUAAAAUGUAUUUGUUACUCAAGUAAUUUUGAAGAGAUAAUGACGCGUGAUUAUAUAUGCAUUUGUAUAUGUAUAUAUGCGUGCACACGCAUUAUUGACAAAAUAUUUUGAAAAAAAAAAAGAUUGAGCCAUUCUUUUGUCGCCCAUUGUAAUUUGUGGCGAGAUAUCUGUGAGCUGUUCACGUAACAUUGCAUUUAGGCUCGGUUUUGUUUCUUUUUUUUUAAGUGAAGUGAUUUGUGUCAUUUAAAAAGAUCAAAAUUUAACGUGUGGCUAUGGUCAUUAAAAAAAAAAAAGUAUAUUUACCAUACGAUUAGUAUUAUGAAAUGGCUACAUUUAGGUAUACAUGAGUCACAUACAGAAGCACGCACGAGGAAAGUGACCAGAAAUUAAAAAAUGAAUGGAGCGUCUUAUAAGAGGAAAGAAGGAGGAUCGGAAAGAAAUACGAUGAGACUUUGGCGAGAGGGAAGAGACAGAUCACAAAUGGCCAAGCGUAAGCUUGUAUUGUAUUCUGAAACUAAAACGAGGAAAAAAGUGAAACUUUGUUGAGAUCAUA